AUGACGCAGUUUUUACCACCAAAUCUUCUCGCGCUAUUUGCGGCGCGGGAUCCCAUCCCUUAUUUGCCGCCUGCUGCAAAGCUUCCUCAUGAAAAGAAACAAAAGGGCUACGAUGGAGUCGGCGCAUUUCUUAAUGUUUUCGAGCAUCCAUCAGAAACUCCUCCACCAACCCGAGUGGAGACCAGAGAAGAACGCUUAGAGAGAAGAAGAAGAGAAAGAGCUGAACAAACAGCAUACAAAUUAGAACAGGAGAUUGCUCUGUGGGAUCCAACCACAAACAACCCAACCACUGGGGACCCAUUCAAAACAUUAUUUGUUGCUAGAAUUAAUUAUGACACAUCUGAGUCAAAACUUAGAAGAGAAUUUGAAGGGUAUGGAGUUAUAAAAAAAAUACACAUGAUAUUUGAUAAAGAAAAUGGAAAACCUCGAGGGUAUGCCUUCAUUGAAUAUGAACAUGAGCGGGACAUGCAUUCCGCAUACAAACACGCUGACGGGAAGAAGAUCGACGGCAAACGCGUGUUAGUGGACGUCGAGCGUGCCAGGACUGUCAAAGGGUGGCUGCCGAGACGGCUUGGCGGAGGACUGGGCGGCACCAGGCGCGGCGGCGCCGACGUCAACAUCAAGCACUCGGGGCGCGAGGACAACGAGCGCGAGCGCGAGCGCUACCGCCUCGAGCAGCGCGACCGCGACCGCGAGCGCGACGACCGCCGCCCCGACCGCGGGCGGCGCCGGUCGCGGUCGCGGUCGCGGCGGCGCUCGGGCUCGCGCGCGCGCGCCGAGCGCGGCGAGCGCGGCGAGCGGCGGCGCGAGCGUGAGCGCGACAAGGACAAGCGCGGGGAGGAGGAGGCAGGGGAGAGACGGCGUCGGUCUCGAUCGCGCUCUUCCCGCCGACGCGACCGCCGCGAAAAGGACAAGGACAGGGAUAAGGACAAGGAUAGGGAGAAGGACAAGGACGGCAAGCGACGCCGCCGCGACCGCGACCGGGACAGGGACAGGGGAGAGCGCGAUAGGGAGCGCAAGGAGCACAAGGUCAAGCCUGAGGACAUUAAGGUCAAGGAGGAGCCUCUCGAUGACUAUCCAGAGUUCAGCCUGGCGCCUCUCGACGUACAGAUCAAGCAAGAGCCCCAGGAUGAGAAUAAAUACAACCCGGAGGAUGCCAACGGCGACGACUACAACUAC